GAGGCUAUUAAAUAGUAAUAAAACCAACCAUUUGAAAACCAAGAUGCAUGAACUUCCUGUACAAUUUCACCCCUUUAUAAACCCCUUCUCUCAUUCCCAUUCAUCGCAGCUGAAAAAAUCGACUCUGUUUUCUCUUUUCUGUUUUCUUACUCCACUUAGCAUUUCCCGCCCAUUUCAUUUGAUCAAUCAAUUGAAAAAAAUUAAGAGAUUAAGAAAACAAAAUCCCACAAAAUGAUUUACGAAAAUGAUUGUGAUCUUGAGGCUGAUUUAGCUCUUCUUGAUUCCAUAAGAAGCCAUUUGCUCGGGGAGUCUGAACUUCCGGCAUUCUGCAACUUCACCACCGCCGCACCACCGCCGGCAGAUUAUGGAAGAAUUGAGGACCCUUUUGUAAGCAAUUUAUUAUUUCCAUCCGCCCACCAAAAUUGGGUUACUGAUGGAUUUGAUUCCGGCCUUUACGCGAUGAUAAAAGGCAGCGUUCAAACAGAAUGGGAAUCAUCCCCUGAAACUUCCCCUGUUUCAAUGACCGCCUUAAACAGUGUAAUCAAGGUGGAGCCAGAAAUGGAAGUGACUGUUGCGGCGGUGGCGCCGGUAACAAAAAGGGCUGUGGCGGCGGCGGAAGCCUGCAGGGUGGUGCCACCUAAAGGGAAGCAUUACAGGGGAGUGAGGCGGCGGCCGUGGGGGAAGUUCGCGGCGGAGAUAAGGGAUCCGGCGAAGAACGGAGCCAGAGUUUGGCUCGGGACUUACGAGACUGCGGAAGAUGCCGCCUUUGCUUACGAUAAAGCGGCGUAUCGAAUGCGGGGUUCUCGUGCAUUGCUGAAUUUUCCUUUGAGAGUGAAUUCAGGUGAACCCGACCCGGUUAGGAUUACGUCCAGGAAGUCUUCUUGCUCUGUUUCAUCGCCGGAGCGUUCCUCAUCGUCGGAGAAUGGGACGCCAAAGAGGAGGAAGAAGAUGGUGGAGCCUAAGGUGGAGAUACAAUGUGAAAGGGAAGAAGCAGAAUAUCAACUUCAAGUUGGGUCGAGUUCUCUGUUUUGGUGAACGAAAUAUUUGGUCAAUUUAAAUCCAAUUCUUUUUUUCACAUUGUUCAUUCAGUGUAUAUUACGAAGCGAUCUAAAAUGUUACGUACACUAAAUUUUUGGUAAGGAAAAUGAUCAUGAAUUUGGAUGAUGUAUAUUGUACAUGGUGUCCUUGAAUUUGAAUUAGAC